AUGCCACGGCUAUCCUCCCUUCCUGCUUCCUUCUCGGGCGUGCUUUCCCUCACCAGCCUGGAAGUGAUGUAUUGUCCUAAAGUAACGGUGUUUCCUGAGGGAAUCGGACGGCUGCAGGCACUCGAGGAGGUCAGUAUCUUUGGGAUGGACGGCCUGAAAUGCCUCCCUCCGGCACUCCUUGAGUUGCCCCAUCUGCGGGCGUUGGACGUGCGGGCAUGUGGUGGGUUAAGUGCGGUGCUAGGCGAUGAGAAGGUGGUUCGACGGGUUCCUGCAAGGAGAGAGGAGGGAGAGGAGGGGGAGGGGGAGGGGGAGGGGGAGGAGGAGGAUGAAGAAGGGGAGGAGGAAGAGGGAGGGGAUGCGGAAGAGGAAGAGGGGGAGGAGGGAGCCGAUGUGGCGGCGGGUGGGGAGGCAGUGGAGGAAGACGAGAGUGGGGGUUAUGAUGAUAAUAUUGAUCAUGAGUAUGCCUUGGACAAUGAUUUUGACGACGAUCUGGUUUGUUUAGAAAAGCUGUAUUUGAAAGACCUCCGACAGCUCACGCGCCUGCCUGAAACAUUCGGGCAGUUAAUUGCUCUUCGGAAGCUGAAAAUAGUGGAGUGUAGGCAGCUGCAGCAACUCCCGGACUCCCUAUCCCAGCUGACUUCUCUCGAGCGCCUAGAGAUCAACAUGUGUCAGAGCCUCACGGUGUUGCCAGACGCCAUGGGGAAGGGUCUGCACUCCUUGCGCCACCUGCAUCUACUGGACUGCACCGCUCUCACCCACCUCCCUCCAUCCUUCUCCGGCCUGACAUCUCUUGAAACGCUCAAGAUUGCUCACGCGAAACGCUUCAGGGGCGCGCUGUUAGACGGCUUUGGCUGCUUGAGGAGCCUCAAGGAGCUGUCGCUCGAUUCCAUGCCACACCUAUCCUCCCUCCCAGCUUCAUUCUCUGGCGUUGAUUCCCUCUCCAGGCUGGAAGUUGGAAACUGCCCAAAAGUAACGGUCCUGCCAGAGGGAAUCGGACGGCUGGUGGCGCUCGAGGAGGUCAGAAUCUUUGGGAUGGGCGGCCUGAUAUGUCUCCCUCCGGCGCUCCUUGAGCUGCCUAGUCUGAGGGCGUUGGACGUGCGGGCAUGUGAUUCACUAAGUGGGGUGCUAGGCGAUGAGACGGUGCUUCAACGCACUGCCAAGGGCUUUGUGACUAGCACUGGCAGCAGGAGCAGCAGCCGUCCUCUGCUUCCUUCCACACAAAGUCUGAAGAUCAAAGAGCUUAAUGUGGAGUCGUUCGGUCCAUCUCUCGGUCGUCUACCCUCAUUGACGCAGUUAAAACUUUUAGAUCUUCACAAACUUGACUCUCUCCCCGACUGCAUCUCCCAACUCUCGCAGCUGCAACGGCUUAAGGUUGAUUCGGCCUACUAUCUGAAAGAACUGCCUGAGACCAUUGGGGGGUUUGCAGGGCUGCGUGUCUUACAGCUGGUUGACCUCAUCUCAAUGCGGCAGCUGCCUGAGUCUCUUGGGCAGCUGAAAAUGCUCGAGACGCUGGAGAUUAUCGACUGUUACAAGCUGAUGCAGCUCCCAAAGUCGUUUGUGAAUCUACCCAAGCUACGAUCCUGCUCUCUCAUCAUGCUUGGAAUCCCAAGCAUUCCGGAUGAUAUAUGGAAGCUGUCUUCCCUUAAAAAGUUGCUGAUUUUGGGGCUGAAGCACUUACAAAGCUUGCCAGAUUCGUUCACUCUUCUACCUAAGCUGGAGAAGCUGGAGGUGAUCAUAUGCAAGAAGCUGACUCGGCUGCCUGCGUCUCUCCGGAAAAUGCCAACAUUGCGUGAGUGCGACAUCAGUGAAUGCCCUCUGCUCUCCCGCCGUGACAUGAGAGGGGUUCCUGUAAGGAGAGAGGAGGGAGAGGAGGGGGAGGGGGAGGAGGAAGAGGAAGGAGGGGAUGCGGAAGAGGAAGAAGGGGAGGAGGGAGGCGAUGUGGCUGGGGAAAGGGAAGAGGCGGGCGUUGAGGCACCAGAGGACGAGGAGAGCGGAGGUGAAGAUAAUGAUAUUGAUCAUGAGUAUGGCUUGGACAGUGACGAUGACGACGACUUUGGCAGACACUGGGGGGGUAGUGAUGAUGACUAG